UAAUUAUUAAGUCAUUGUUUAAAUGGAAUCGUUAUUCAAAUCGGUAUUGUUUAACAAUAACUAUGGUGAACAUUAUACAUGAAUGUUGAUUAUUAUUGUAAUGCCUUGCCAUGGCAGAAUUCUUACCUAUAUGUGAUGUAUUGUUUAAUGUAAUUUCUCUUGCCGGUUAUUUUUGUGAUGUAGUGUUUGAUGUUGUGAUGGGAUAUGCUUUAUUAGAUAGAGGCUAUUUAAGAUGUUUCUGUGCAGUUGUUUUAUUAGUCGGAGGCUCAUUGAUAUUAUCACAGAUCAUUUCAUUAAGAUGGUAUCUUAAACCGAAAAUAUCCAAUAAACUUCCAAACAAUGUGCAAGAGCAAAAGAAACAUCAUAAUAUAGUACUUACGGCUGUUAUAGCGGUGCACUGCUUGCAAUUAGGAGUAUUAUGGAGAUACGCUAAACUGUUUAUUCCUGUUGACUUGAAAAAUGUUAAGCAUGAAGUACGAGAUUUGUGUAUGCUUAGGAUUCAGCAUGGAUUUUGCCAAGCAGCUCCUAUGCUAUUGUUGCAACUAUAUCUGAUGUCUGACCGUUUCAUGAAUGAUUCUGAUUCAGACACUAUUAUAUCAGAAGCUGAUACUGCAUUCUUUGAUAUGAAUACAGUUGCAGCUUCUUUAUCAUUAUUCAGUGUUUGUUGGUCUUUAGCGAGUUUUAGCAAGAAUGUGCGAUUGCAAAAUGUCCACAGAUGUUUGACAUGGCUUGGAGUCAUUUUUCAGUUUUUGUGGCGUCUGGGUACUGUUUGCUCACGUGUUACAGCACUCACAGUUUAUGCAACUUUGUAUGCACAUUGGGUUUUUCUCGUCAUAGGAUUACAUUGGAUAUCCAUGUUUUUGUGGCUAAUAUCACCGAGAAACGUUUUUCAUGGAGAAAAAUUCUCAAGGAGCAAAAAAUGCAUGAUUGCUGCAUUGAUUUCAUUUAUUUACGUUUUUGCCUAUGUAAACCUUCAGGAAGUGAACCACAAAAGAAAGAUGGUCACUUUUUAUGUAGUCAUGUUUUUGGAGAACACACUACUUGUAAAUUUAUGGCUAGUAGGCAUAUGGUCAAUUCGCCCAGCAAGAUGGUAUUUGGUACCACUUUUUAUUAUUGGCUGUUUUGCAAUAGGACUACUAUUUAUGAUGUUAUAUUACAGGUUUUUCCAUGUUCGUAGACUUGGCUAUGAAGAUGGUGGUAGACCACCUUCAGUUAAUAGAAAUUUAUGUAGGAAUCCAAGCAUAUGCAAAAAUCUAUGUAAGUGCAAAGUAACAAAUAAUUCUACUAAAGUUCAAUGUGAACAAGACCGAAUAAGCGAAUUGCAAUCAACACAAUUACAUAAUGUGCCAGGUGUAUUUAAUUGCCGUUUCACAAAUCCAGUAGGAAACAGUACCAAACGAAAGAAGAAGAAACCUACGUCUUUCAUUCCACCACCAGCUGCAAUUGACACAGCUUUGCCACCAGUAUCUGGCCCAGAAAGUAUACCGUUUUGGAGAAAACCAUUGCCAAAUUUGCACAUUCAUCAGGGAGGUUCUAGUGAAAAUGAAGGCAGUUCUGUAAGCAGUCGUAUUAAUAUUUAUCAAAAACUGCAAGAAAAGAAACAAAAGCAACUUGCUGAACUGAAAAUAAUAGAAGAAGAGAUUAGGCAAGGAAAAUUGGGUGGACCAACUAAUAAAUCUCAGGAUAAUUUUUCAACCCUACCCAGACAGCCAAUUCCAGUCUCUAAGAAACAUAAUGACAUUCAACCUGUGGUGUGGGGUUCAACAACUCCUGAAUUGGAAAAGAAUUUUGAGAAUCUUAAUAAUAUAACAAAUAAUGGUUGCUUGAAUUAUCAGGGACAUGCUAUACCUAAUUAUAAUAUGUUGGGUUCUGAUAUUUUGUACAACAGUGAUAUGUACAUACAUGAUUUGAAUGAAUUUCAAAGACCUUGUCAAAACAAUGGAGAUGCAUCACCAGUAUCACAAAUUUCUGCUACAGAAAGCAACUCAUUGACCCAGAAGACAUUGUCACAUAUACAUAUGGCACAAGAGUUUUCAUAUCCAGAAAAUAUUCAAGUUUAUAGUACAAAAGAGCCAAACUCUUGUUUAUCAAAUUAUAAUGAUAACUUAUUCUUAAAAGAUACUACAAAUAAUGAUAAGAAAAGCCAUACUGCGAUUGGAAUUCAAAGCCAUAGUCCUAAGCUGCCUGAGCUUUCAAGAGGUUGUGAUAGGCGCAGUGCUAAUUUCAGUACAAAUCAAAUAAAUGAGAAAGUAAAAAAUCACAUUUCUCAAAAUCCAUAUGUUGUUACAAAUUCAUUUCACUACAAUGUUAUACCUCCACCUAAAACAAAAUUAGAGAGACAGAAGUUAGAUCAAAGCAAAGCUCAAAGAUCUCGAACACCAGAAUUAUUGUUAUCUCCUCAUUAUUUGAACAAUGCUGGUUCUUAUAUAAAUCAGAGAGAGCCAAAUUAUAGUAUUUUAAAUGCUUUGAACGAUAAUGGCCAUUCAUCCCAACACAUGAGAAAGCAAGAUUAUGGCAAACCACAUCAAAAUCAUUUGGAGCAAGAUGAUGAUUACAAUGGAGAAGCGGCACAUAGUGAUAUUGACAGCCAGGUAUCUAUUCCUCGUUCAUAUACAUUACCCAGAGAAUUCAAAUACUAUAAGAGAAACCGGUGCAGAAAAAGUAAAAACGAGCAUGUUGCAAGCACAAAUAGUAGUGAUGGAGAUGUUGACAGUGGUGAUGAUGAUGAAUAUUUGAACAGGUCUUCUAUUCUGAAUCAAAAUAAAUUAUCAAAUAGACUUAGCGGUCAGCAUACACCGAUCUUAGAACAUAUGCAUGCUAAUAUUGGAAAUUGUAAUCAUCGAGAUAAAUAUAACACUUGUGAAGAAUCAGCUGAAGAGCACUUGAAUUAUAGCACAUCAAUUAGACCAAGUAGUAUAGGAAGAAAAAAAUAGAGAAAUGUAUUCUACCACAAGUUUUUCGAAUGGUAGUGAAUAUGGGGCAAUAAAUUUUUCAAAUGGAGAAUUAUCAAUAAAUCCAAGACAUUCUAGAGUAAGACAUUAUUGUAAUGGACCAAGACCCGAAACUAAGUUAUAGAAAGAUUUUGAACUAUAUAUAAGUUAAUAAAUAUGGUAUUUAAUUAUUUUGUAUUAUAUUUUAAAACCUUCAUGAAUUGUAAAUAACACAGAGACUUUCUUAGAUGAGAAAAUGUAUUUAUUAGGAAAAUGAAG